CAGAGGGCGAGGGGAGGAGAGGGGAGGGCUGUCGGGCCCACAGGUCCGCGCGGCCACCAGCCCGGCGGCAGCGGGGUUUAGAGUGCGUCUUUGGGCGCUGGAAGAGCUACGCUUGUGCGGGCCUCUGCCCCGAGAACAGCGGUACGUACCCCGCAGUCUUACGAAGAUGUUGGAAACAGCCUCAGAUCUGAGGCCUUGGCCUCCAAUCCAGAGCAUUUCAGCGCUAGAGGAUUCAGUGACCUUUGAGGAUGUGUGUGUGAAUUUCACUCAGGAAGAAUGGGCUCUGCUGCAUCCUUCACAGAAGAAACUCUACAGAGAUGUGAUGUGGGAAACAUUGAGGAGCCUGGCCUCUGUGGGGAGUGCAUUGGAAGACCAGGAUGUUACAAAUCGGUACAGAAUCCAGGAGAAAAAUGUAAGAAGUUUUGUGAUACAAAGACUCUAUGAAAGUAAACAAGUUACUCAGCGUGGAGAAAGCUUCUGCCAGAUUCCAAAUAUUAGUGUAACCAAAAUAACUUCUGGAGGGAAACCAUAUAAUUGUAGCAUAUGUGGAAAAGGUUUCAUGCUUCAUUCAUCCCUUACUAGGCACAUCAGAUCUCACCCUGGACAUGAACUUGACGGGUUUAAGUGUGGAGAGAAAAGACACAAGUGUAAGGAGUGUGGGGCCACCUUCAGUUACCUCAAACCCUUUCAGAGGCAUGAGCGGACUCACGCUGGGGGAAACCCCUACAAGUGCAAGCACUGUGGGAAGGCCUUUAUCUACUACCAGCCCUUUCAGACGCACGAACAGACGCACGUCAGAGAGAGACGCUACCAGUGUAAGCAUUGUGGUAAGGUCCUCAGUUCUCCCGGUUCUCUUAAAAUUCAUGAAAGAAUUCACACUGGAGAGAAGCCUUAUGUGUGUGAGAAAUGUGGGAAAGCCUUCAGUUGUCCCAGUUCCAUCCAGAUCCAUGAGAGAACUCACACUGGGGAGAAACCCUACAAAUGUAAAGAGUGUGGGAAAGCCUUCAUUUCCCGCACAAGUGUCCAGACACACAUGGUCACGCACAGUGGGGCUAUCAAUAGGCCUUAUAAAUGCAAGGAUUGCGGGAAGGCAUUCCUUCGUCCAUGUUUUCUCCGUGUACAUGAGCGAAUUCACACUGGAGAGAAGCCGUACGUGUGUAAACAAUGUGGGAAAGCCUUCAGAUGCUCCACUUCCGUUCAGAUUCAUAAAAGGACUCACACUGGAGAGAAGCCCUAUAUAUGUAAGGACUGUGGGAAAGCGUUCAGUGCCCACUCAGCCUUCCGAGUACACAUGCGUGUGCACACCGGAGAGAAACCUUAUAAAUGCGGAGAGUGUGGGAAAGCCUUCAUUUGUCUCAAUUACUGCCGUGCACACGAAAGAAAUCACACUGGAGAAAAACCCUAUGAAUGCAAGGACUGUGCAAAAGCCUUCAUUUCUCUUGAAAGCUUUCGAAGACAUAUCAAAACACACACUGGAGAUGGACCUUAUAAAUGUAGGGACUGUGGAAAAGCCUUCAUUUUCCUCAGUGCGUUUCGAACACAUGAAAGGACCCACACUGGAGAAAAACCUUAUGAAUGUAGACACUGUGGCAAAACCUUUAGUUGUUCAAGUUAUGUUCAGAUACAUGAGAGAACUCACACAGGCGAGAAACCCUAUGAAUGUAAGCAAUGUGGGAAAACCUUCAUUUAUCCUACAAGCUUUCAAGGGCACAUAAGAAUGCACACAGGAGAGAAACCGUAUGAAUGUAAAGAAUGCGGGAAAGCCUUUCGCCUUCGAAGUUCCUUUCAGAGACAUGAAAGAAGUCACAGUGGAGAGAAGUGAUUUUAGCGUAAGCAUCAUGAAAAGGCUGUUUUGCUUUGUCCACAUCCUUCAACAAACAUGCAAAUACAUGAUAGGGAGACAUAAUGAAUGAGGAAUUUUCAAUUUUAAUAAAUACUUUUUGUUGUGAAAUUUUCCAUUGUGGAAAAAUCUCAUGCUUGUAAGUAAUACAGGAAACUAACUGCAGUGUGAUGGGUAACUCACAUAAGAUGGGCCACAAGUUUCAACAUGAAGAGGAAACAUUUGUAUCAGCAUUUCAUUGUUUCUGAUAUAUAUGCAUGCUUUUGUUUGAUGUAGCCCUGCCAGGCCUGAAAUUCACUAUGUAGACCAGAUUGGACUCACAGGAUGCACCUGUCUGCCUCCCAAGUGACAUUAAAGUGUGUGCCAUUACCCCAA